CAAGUUCACCCUGUCUAUAGUAAAGUAAACUCUUAUUAAAGAAAAUGGAAAGUUGCGGGUUUUCGUGCUCGAGAAAGACUCUUAUUACGCUUAAUGUGCUGUACAUAGUCGUAGCAUUCAUCCUGAUCGGCGUUGCGGGAGCGGGGAAGGGUGCCAGCAUCGUCACGAGCAUAGCAGUUUUUGGCGGGAUUGUCGCCUGCGGAAUCUUCCUGCUGAUCCUCGCGAUCGUCGGGAUAUACGGAGCUGUGAGGCAUCAUCAAGUCCUGCUGUUCUUCUACAUGAUUCUGCUGCUCAUCAUAUUCCUCAUGCAGUUUGCGAUCGCGUGCGGAUGUCUAGCGAUCAACUCCGACCAGCAGAAGACGGUGGUGAAGGCAGCAUGGGAUCUCGCUCUAGACAAGGAGUACAAGGUCAUCAAUCUCGCUCAGUCGAACUUCGACUGUUGUCGGUUCGAUUUGGCCAACGAGACGAUACCGGAUGAGGUCACGUGCGACGCGGUGGGUGUCGUCGUCGCUUCGUUUCCGGUUUAUCCUCUUUUUUUUUUAUCUGCAAACUUGUAUUUACGACGAGUUUUAUUUUUAUAA